AAAAUCUGUUGCAACCAGCACUUUCCUAGAGAUUUGUAUGUUUGAACUUAAAAACACAAUUUUGAUGCGGUAGAUGUGGCUGAAAGGACAUUGUUUUGAUGGGUGCAUUUCUAGACAAACCAAAGACUGAAAAACUGACAAAGUCUGCGUCGGGAAAUGGACUUCGCUAUGGGCUGGCGUCUAUGCAAGGCUGGCGUAUUGAAAUGGAAGAUGCUCACACUGAUAUCACUGGCUUGAACCCGGAGCUUCAAGAAUGGUCAUUUUUUGGCAUUUUUGACGGCCAUGCAGGCUCAAAUGCGAGUCUUUAUUGUGCAGAGAAUCUCCUAGGGUGUGUUUUAUCGAGCGAUGAUUUUAAAUCGGCACUAAAAAACGGGCCAUCUUCGCCUGACUUGGAGCAGCUUAAAAGCGGGAUAAAGAUGGGAUUUUUUGAGCUGGACAAAACGAUGCGAGAACGCCCAGCCUGGAUAAACGGGGAUGACAAAAGUGGUACUACAGCCGUAACAAUCAUGGUUACCCCUAAGCAAUUUAUCUUUGCCAACUGUGGAGACUCUAGGGCUAUUUUAUGUAGCAACGAGAAAGUGACUUUCCAUACAGUCGAUCACAAGCCAUCCAACCCAGACGAGAAAAAUCGCAUUGAGAGGGCAGGGGGUAGUGUUAUGAUCCAAAGGGUAAACGGCUCUUUGGCAGUUUCUAGGGCUUUAGGAGAUUUCGAGUACAAGAUGGAUAAAGUUUUAGAUGCGGAUAAACAACUAGUUUCGCCAGAGCCGGAGAUUUCGGUGAUUUCAAGACAAGAUGAUGUGGAUGAGUUUAUCGUGGUCGGCUGCGAUGGUAUCUGGGAUGUGAUGACUAACGAAGAAGUAGGAGAUUACGUUCGCUCAAGAAUGCUUCUUUCUGACGAUUUAGAACUAAUUUGCAGCGAGCUCCUCGACACCUGUCUAGCAAAGGUGAGAUUGUCAGUUUUUAUGUUGUUUUUGAUCAGUUUUGUCGUCGGAUUCACGUGGUUGUACACGUAAUGUUAGGUAGUAACGGCAAAUAAGCGUUUGUGUUAAAACAGUUAGCCUCAACUUUGUUAGGAAAGUUCUCCGUCGCAUUAACUUGCAGACAGUUUGUUAAUUGAAGUGAUCUGAAAUGUUUCAUAAACAAGUGAGCUUUCUCAGCUGUUUUGAGCUUUUUAAACUAGAAUAUUUUAAAAGCCAGCUGCAUAGUACGGAUCGUAUUGUUACAAAUCCUACCAUGUAUUUUUCAUGUGGAUUGUACAGAAGAUUUUACGGAGGCAUAAUUACCUAAUAUUUUCGUAGAGACAACAAAAAUUGAGUAAAGUUAUCUUUUAUUUAUUUGAAGCAUAAUUUUUUGAAGUUUUGCGUCGUUCACAACUCGUUAAGACAUUCCCGGAAACUCUAUGGCUUCAGAUAAAUAACGAGUGACUCUGAACUUAAAUACCAGACCUCUAAGCACGUCUUUUCGUAAAUAGUUGUCUUGAUGUUUACUGUUAAAAUGUUUCCAUGUGUGCCUUUGGUGGUUUUUUUUUUUUGGCUUAUUGAUAAUCCAUAUCAUUUCCAAACUGACUGGCACCUUUAGAGUCAUUUAUUUUACAUGUUUUUCCGCAGUGUAUUAGUAUUUGAGGUUCCUUGGUGUCGCUCAUUUUCACUUUCACUUAAUUUCACAGGGAAGUCGUGAUAACAUGAGUGUGAUUUUGGUCACUUUCCCUGGAGCACCUCGAGUUUCUGAGGAUGCUAUUAAACAGGUACUUCAUGUUAGUACAGGUUAUUUGUAUUGUUGACUUUAUGAACCUGACAACAAUUAAAUUGCCCCACUUUUUGAAUUAAGGAAAAGACAAAGAAUUAUGUUCUGGUGCUAUUUGCGAGAAAGAUGACAAUCUUACAGUCAUGUCAAAAUCUUAAUUGUAAUAAGGAUAGUGAGGGUCAUUCUGCCAUGUUUCCUGAUAUUUUUGAGGUUUGAAUUUAAAAAGUAUAACAUUUUUUUUAUCUUGAACUUAACAUCACAACAUAAUAUAUCUCUUUGGGACUUUUCUCUUUUGUUUAUUUAUUUUUAGGAAGCAGACCUUCAUGCUGACAUAGAGAAAAGAAUAGAAGGUAGGUCCAGUUUAACAGUAGAAAGUACUGUGCAUGUCAAAAAAUAUAACUUUGCUCUGUAAGUGUUGAUAAAAUUUACAUGAGAAACCACAUUCUUCACCAUCCCUCAUUUCCUGUGAGGUGUAGCCACUGAAAGUUUCUUAAAGGGUUGAUCAGUAGUGAGGUCAUAUGGCUUUUGGCGGUUUAGGUUUUUCUUGGUUAAUUGUAUGUACUAAGCUUCAGAUGUAGAGUGGUUUCUUGACAAAAGUUGAUUUACAAUGUUCUCAAGUUAAUUGAGAACAUUACUAUGUCAUCUUUUCAGCCACCAACAAGAGAACUACCUUCAUUCAAUUUUUUUAAAAAUGAUACAGCAAACAAACUUUUGUUAAAAUGGAGGAUACAAAAGUUCCUGUUGUUGAUUUAUUUGUUUUCUAAAAAAUUGACUCUAAAGUUUUUCUGUAGUAAGCUCAAAGUACAUUUGAUUUGUUCUUCCACUUUAGUGAUACUCCAAGAAAACCCUGGUGGGGUUGAUUUGUAUUACGCCAUGCAUUUAUUAUCCAGUGAGGACAUUCCAUCCUUGCCCCCAGGAGGAGGACUCCAGGCUAAGUAAGUAUGACCAUGGUGAUGCCCUCAGUAUAAUUAACUUCCAGUACAUAACAAUUUUUACAAGUAAUACUCUCUGUAUUUGUCUUGCAUUUAUUUCCACUUAGGGUUGGGUUGUUCUAAACAUGAUUAACGUAACCCAGGAUUGGUGUAAAUUUUUUAUUAAUUUUUUUUAGCAUGCAAUGGGAUUUUUCUUUUAUAUUUUUUCCUCAUUAGUUUCAAGUCAUAUUGAGAUAGAACCCAACAAAACCUUAGCCCAUAUCCCAGGUUUUUGGCUUACUAUAAAGUUUUUGUUUUGACUUCCAUUUUACAGGCAGAUUUUUGUUCAGAAGACAUUGGAAAAACUGUCAGCCAAACAGGAAAAUGAGGUGAAAAACAUCCAAUCUCACUUUUCUAUAUUUAUGGCUUAAGCCAAUUUAAACUGUCUAAUUUUUCAAAUGCUGAACCUGAUACCCUCCAGUUGAUUCAAUUAUGCUGUGAAGAAGAACACAAAACUAGUGGAUAUAAAUAAACAAAUAAGCUGACAAACAUGUGCAAAUGUUUCUUAAUUUAUCUUACACAAAAAUUAAACACCACUGGUUUCAACAAAGCUAAUCAAUUCCUGACUCCUUGUUGCCUGACCUCAGAAGCCUGUGCUUUGUACCAUACAGAGAUCACAGUUGUCCAGGUUUGAUAUAUUCCUGGUCUCAUUUAUCAACUUUAAACAGGGCAAAAACCAUACUCUCACACUGAUUAAACUUGAAUGCUACAAUUUGAGAGGCAGAACACACUGAUUUUGAUUUUUAAAUCAGUUAUUUGGUUUAACCGAAACAGGGUUGUAACGUGGUAAUUUGAACCAGGCUUAUGUUUAUUUUCUCUGUACUUUUAAUAUUCCUGGCAGGUGCUUUCACUGUGGUGCCAGGCCCAACAAAUUUUUUCUGAUUGUAAUAGAGCACAGUGUUAUUUCCCUUCUCAUUACACCCUCUCUUGUGUAGUAGAACGUAUGGAGAAGUAUGCUCCCUGUUUGAAACCAUAUAAUAUUUAUCCCCAUGCCUCCAUCCAAAAGUGGUAAAAAAAUUAUGACAUCAAACAAGUAUUGAGGUGCUGAACAAUGGCUACUAGCCAACCUUUUACAAGUUGUCUUCAAAUGUGUUAAAAUUUGACAGGGACACAACUUUUCCUUUUUGUUCAGAACUGUGGCAGCAUAUCUAUGAUGUAAAAAAAAGUCUCUCUCUUCUUUUUCACCUUUUGAUAGUUUUUCUGGAACGAUAAUAAGCCGCAUAAAGAGGCAUUCCUUUACUCUAGUGUUCAGUAAUAUAUCUAGAGCAGGAACUGUUUCUGACUCGUAUGUUGAAGUUUUGUGUGUAUGGUUAAGCUACGGAGCUGUUUUCAAAAUGUGGGUGUGUAUUCCCGAAUGUUCACUCAUUUAAAGACAAUUUCAAACAGAUAGCUUACUUGUUUGAAUUACCAAAGCACAAAUAAAAGUAAAUUUGUCCUUAUGCUUUUGAAUGACAUGGAGAAAACUGUAUGUUGUUUGGAUUGUACUUCUCCUUUAACCCUUUUUACCCAAACAUCAGGAUGCAUAUUCUCCGUACUGUUCUCUGUACAUUUCCUAAGGUGCUUACAGGGAGAAUUUGUAGAACAAUCAAGUGCUACUUUAGUUGGUGAUUAUUUCCAUUAUUCUCAUGACCUUGAUUCAGGGUUAAUAAUGUAAUGAGAAAUUAGAUGUGAGUCACUCUUUGGAGUCAAAGGGUUAAGCUAUUUCUAUAGUGAUGAUUAAGUUAUUUUUUUUUAACAUUGACUGUGUUAUUAUAGGCAGAGUGAUGGACCUUAAAAGCCUGGCUGAAGACAGUGUUCCUGAAGUGUUUACCUUAACUUGUAAUAUGUUUGGUUACAAAUUGUUAAAUAGACCUUGGUGUGGUUUUAGAUAGAUUCAACAUCGUGUGUUUAUAUAACUUUUUGAGAAUAUAGAUUUGAUUAGUGUACCAAAUUAAAGCAACCAGUGAGUGAUGCCAUAACAUAUAUCCUUGCAUGGAAGCAUAAUUAUAUUCUCCUUACUAAACAAAAAUGUUUAUUGUGUGGGAGAGUAGUAUUGUAAUGUGUUGCUCUGGUUGUUUACUACUUUGAUUUUAUUCUUGUCAUGUCAACAUUUGGAAAGAAUUAAAAGGUUACUUGAUUCAUGAUUGGGUUAUGCAUCUUGGCUAAAAAUUGUAUUUCUGUUUUACAUGAAAGCCUGUUUUUUCUUCAUUAACCCUUUUACACCACAGAUCUGAUAGACAGAUCUGGCUGUAGGUGCUACUCAAUUGUAUGGUAAAAGGGAAAUUUAAUGUUACUUCUGUAAAUUUUCUUCACCUGUUUGCUGGAUAUUGUAUUGAUGAUGUAUUAGUAUUGUAACUUUAAAGAACAAGUUGCAUGUUUCCUGUUUUUGGGAGUAAAAAUGGUUCAGUCAAGUGUGUUUUUCAAGUUCUCUGUAGUUCUGGAAAUAGAAAUUCAGUGUUACUGUCUUGCCAAUCCUAUAAUAUGUGAUAAUAAACAAAUUGUAUACCACACCAACUCAAAUAAGUAAAUCAAAGGAGAGCUGUGAACAGUAAUAAUGAAUUAGAGGAUUAAGUGACAGUUUAAAGUACAGGUACUUCAAAAGUGUAGUUGUGUACAAUUAAUGACUCUCUCUCUUCCAUAAUGUUUCUUCAUCUGCAAUCAGAAGCCCUUAUUAAACUUGAUACCAUUGUAAGGUUCAUUCAGUAUAAGUGUCCUGUGCAUUCCAAGUGUUUACUUAAUCCUAUCACUAAGUUUAGCAAAGUCUUCAUGCUGGGUUCUGUGGCUGGUCUUGGAACAGAAAUCACAUUCAUGAUUGAUCUCCAGUGUACAGUGCACCGGACAUAUGUAGCCUUCAUAUGAUUUUGCCACAAUUAAUCUUUAGUAUAAAAUACGUUUUUGAUAGUGGCAUUAAUUAUAUUCCUCAGGAAUGAGUAUUCUGUGAUUGUUCUGGUGUUUGUUGUUCUGUAAGGAUCAUUGUCUUUGACUGUGACUGAGAUUUUUUACAACCUGAGGGGAAUGUUUUGAGGGAAAGUCUUUAUUGGAAAGUCUUCAUAAGAGCCCUUAAAUGUGAGGAUGACUUUGAAAUGUGUUUUAAAAUCUCAGUCACGAUGAAACACUGCUCUUUUUCAGGACUACCCUUGCCAAGAUGACUACUGUUUCUUCCAGAUUCCAACUAUUUAGUGUAGGGUGUUUUUUGGCAUAUGUGUGUUCCAUUUGUGAAGGCCUCUAAAGUAACUUUGCAUCACUUCUUGUAAAAUUACAGCUCACUUUCAUUUUAAGUAGUGCAAAACCCCCAGCUUCCUCCCCUUGCCCCCUUCAAUGCAAUGGGGUAAGAGAUAGAGAAAAAGAGAGACCCUGGGCCCUAGGUUGAUUCCAUCAUUCACUCAUUACAUCAACGCGAGGAAAUGUUUAGUGUAAAAGAUUCUGAAUUUGUUAGUUCUUUUACAUUGAAGGAUUAAAAAAAUGUAAAUGUUAGCUGGUUAAAGACUGUCGUUAUUUUGUAUUUAGUACUUCACCAAGUCUGAGAAAAGUUAUU